GCGCGGCCUUGCGGAAAGGCGGCUCCGAGCAUCGCAUCGCAUCGCGGCCGCAUAUCUAUCGCGCCCUUCCCCCGGCUCCUGGCCCCGGCCAUUAUAGCGAGGCCGCGUAUAAAAGAAGCCAAGACUUUUAGGCAGGCCAGGCCAAGAAACGCGUCAGAGUCUGGCUCUUGAUCGUAACGCCGGUGCAAGAGAGAGGGAGAAGAGGAAGGGAGGGAAGGAGGCGGCGGUAAGGUGAGGUCAGAGGCUGGGAGCAGCCAUGGCGGUGAAGGCCGCGCUCUUGCUCGCCGCCGCGACGUGGGUGUGCCUAUCGGCGGCGGCCGCCUCCGCCUUCGAGUUCGAGGACGUGCCCACCGUCGCCUUCGACGAGCGGUUCUCGCCGCUGUUCGGCGACGGCAACCUCGUCCGCUCCUCCGACGACAGGAGCGUCCGCCUCCUGCUCGACCGCCGCUCCGGUUCUGGGUUCAUCUCCUCGGACUACUACCUCCACGGCUUCUUCAGCGCCUCCAUCAAGCUGCCCAAGGACUACACGGCCGGCGUCGUCGUCGCCUUCUACCUGUCGAACGGGGACGUAUACGAGAAGACGCACGACGAGCUGGACUUCGAGUUCCUGGGCAGCCGGUGGGGCGGGCAAUGGCGCGUGCAGACCAACGUCUACGGCAACGGCAGCACCAGCCACGGCCGCGAGGAGCGCUACCUCCUCCCGUUCGACCCCACCCUCGAGGCCCACCGCUACUCCGUCCUCUGGGCUCCCACCCACAUUAUCUUCUACAUCGACGACACGCCGAUCCGGGAGGUGAUCCGGCACCCGGACAUGGGCGGCGACUUCCCGGCGAAGCCGAUGGCGGUGUACGCCACCAUCUGGGACGGCUCCGCCUGGGCCACGGAGGGGGGCAAGUACAAGGUCAACUACAAGUACGCGCCGUUCGCGUCCGAGUUCUCCGACCUGGCCGUCGUCGGCCCCCGCGCCGACCCGGUGCUCCGCUUCCCCCGCCGCGCCGGCGCCGGCGCGGACCAGGACCUCCUGGGGCUCAUGACGGCCGACUAUGCCGUCAUGACGCCGCAGAAGCGCGCCGCCAUGCGCGCGUUCCGGGCGCGGCAGAUGACGUACACCGUGUGCUACGACGCGGUCCGGUACGCGUCCGGCCCGUUCCCGGAGUGCGACAACUCGGACGAGGAACGCGAGAACUUCUCGGCCUGGGGCGAGUCCAAGACCGUCGUCAUGAGGCCGCGCGCCCGCGGCCGCCGCCGGGGACGCAAGGCCGGGGCCGGGGCCGGAGCCAAGGGACGCACCGGCGUGGCAAGCAGCUGAGAUCAAAAGCAAUUCCGAUCGGCUGCGCAAGCUAUUGGCACAAUGGUUGCAGAUGAUCAGUUGAUCCGGUACUGUAAUUCGAAUUCUUUUGGGGGGUCAGAAGCAUAUGCAGGUUGUAAAGGUAGGUGUAGGGACUAGUAGGGAUUAAUGCAUUAUGAUUAUUCUUUGAUUCCUUCAUUUCCUUGGGUGGCAGCUAAUAAUAAUACAACAUAUGAUCGAAUUAUUAACAUUA